CAUACUAUCCGAAGCCAUAGAAUAAGAAAUAUACAUAGAGUUGGUGUAAUAAUUUCUUGUUUUUUCUCUAGUAAGUUCAUUUAUCAAUCUUCUCUCUUGAGCAUGCUGCACUUAAGACUUGACUUAGCUUUCUAUAUAAACACUUGCAAACACAUCCUCCUAGUCUCAACCACAUUCCAUAGCCAUCUCUCUCUCCCUCUCACUCUUUCUCUCUUUCUCUGGUCUGUUUCAAAACAUAGUACAUAAUAAUAGAGACAACAAGAGAAAGAAAAAACAGAGUGAUCUGUUUUAAAACAGAGCAGAAAACAGAGUGAGAUGGGAGCAAUGAUGGUGAUGAUGGGUCUUCUCUUGAUCAUCGUGUCUCUCUGUUCCGCUCUCCUUCGAUGGAAUCAGAUGCGAUAUACCAAGAAUGGUCUUCCUCCUGGAACCAUGGGCUGGCCAAUCUUUGGCGAAACCACCGAGUUUCUCAAACAAGGCCCCAACUUCAUGAGAAACCAAAGACUCCGGUAAGAAAAAUACUCAAAUCAAGAUUUUUUUUUUCUCUACGCUAAAAAUUAACUUAGAAUCAACAGAUACGGGAGUUUCUUCAAAUCUCAUCUUCUAGGUUGUCCAACGUUAAUCUCAAUGGACUCAGAAGUAAACAGAUACAUUUUAAAGAACGAAUCAAAAGGUUUGGUUCCUGGUUACCCACAAUCGAUGCUUGAUAUACUUGGGACUUGUAACAUGGCUGCGGUUCACGGUUCGAGCCACCGGCUUAUGAGAGGCUCGCUUCUGUCUCUCAUAAGCUCGACCAUGAUGAGAGAUCAUAUCUUGCCUAAAGUUGAUCACUUCAUGAGAAGCUAUCUUGAUCAGUGGAAUGAGCUUGAGGUUAUUGAUAUCCAAGAUAAGACCAAACAUAUGGCAUUUUUAUCUUCACUGACACAAAUCGCUGGGAACUUAAGAAAACCAUUUGUUGAAGAAUUCAAAACUGCAUUCUUCAAGCUUGUUGUUGGGACUUUAUCCGUUCCGAUUGAUCUUCCGGGCACAAAUUAUCGUUGCGGAAUCCAAGCAAGAAAUAACAUUGAUAGGUUGCUAAGAGAGCUGAUGCAAGAACGUAGAGAUUCUGGAGAAACAUUCACAGACAUGUUAGGUUACUUGAUGAAGAAGGAAGGUAACCGAUACCCGUUAACCGAUGAAGAGAUAAGAGACCAAGUUGUGACGAUUUUGUAUUCGGGUUACGAAACUGUCUCUACGACCUCAAUGAUGGCUCUUAAGUACCUUCAUGAUCACCCAAAAGCUCUUCAAGAACUAAGAGCUGAGCAUUUGGCAUUCAGGGAAAGAAAACGACAGGACGAACCACUCGGUCUUGAGGACGUGAAGUCAAUGAAGUUCACUCGAGCUGUGAUUUAUGAGACAUCAAGAUUGGCAACGAUCGUUAAUGGGGUCCUAAGGAAAACUACUCGUGACUUGGAAAUCAACGGUUAUUUAAUCCCAAAAGGAUGGAGAAUUUAUGUAUACACGAGGGAAAUUAAUUACGAUGCAAAUCUUUAUGAAGACCCAUUGAUCUUUAAUCCAUGGAGAUGGAUGAAGAAGAGCUUGGAGUCACAAAACUCAUGCUUUGUGUUUGGAGGUGGGACAAGGCUUUGUCCUGGUAAGGAACUAGGGAUUGUCGAGAUCUCGAGCUUUCUCCAUUACUUUGUUACGAGAUACAGAUGGGAGGAAAUAGGAGGGGAUGAAUUAAUGGUGUUUCCGAGAGUUUUUGCACCAAAAGGCUUCCAUCUUAGGAUUUCACCCUACUAAUUUCUAACUUUUUAAAUAAAAUAAUAUAGAUUUUAUGCACGCAGAGGAUACAGAAGACGUAUAUGAAGAAACAAGAGAAGAUAAUUAUAAAUUUUUUUUUUUUUUUGACACAUAUUUUUGUUCUCAUUUAAGAGUCUUCUGGUCAUAUGUACAUAACCAUAAGCAGCAUAAUCUUAUUAUAUAUCUAUUUCUGUAUAACUCUAUUUGAACUUGAAGUAUAUCUCUGGCUAUUUCUUGAUGAUGUUCUACUAUAUUAAACCC